AUGUUGGACGUCUCCCGGCUGCUGCUGCUCGGCCUCGUGGCCGGGCUGCUCUACGUCCUGCAUCGCCGGCAGAGUCGCGACCCGCGAGAACCGCCGCUGGUGAGCAGCCGCAUCCCCCUCAUCGGCCACCUCGUGGGGCUGCUGUGGCACGGAUUGCCGUACUUCGACAUGGUAACUGCGAAACAUCCCCAUCCGAUCUGCACGCUGGACCUGGUCUUCAGCAAAAGCUACCUGGUCACCUCGCCCCCGCUGGUGCAGGCUGUCCAACGGAACCGAAAGUCCCUCUCCUUUGACCCGUUUGUGUCGAUGACGCUCGAGCGCAUGGCCGGCAUCCGCGGCCCCGUCCUGGAGCAAUUUCGCGAGAAGGAGUCGGGGGGUCAGGGCCUGGGGCACGACGUGGUGCAUGCCAUGCAGCCGACCCUGAGCGGGCGGGGAUUGGAUGUGAUGAACGAGCGCAUGGCACAGAUGCUGCGACCGCGCCUGGAUGAGCUGGUCCGCCUGCCCACCAUCGAUCUGUUCGACUGGUGCCGUCGGGUCAUCACGGCGGCCAGCACGGAUGCCUCGUACGGGCCCUUGAAUCCGUACCAGGAUCCGCGCGUGGAAGAUGCCUUCUGGGACUUUGAAUCCCACAUGAGCCCCCUGUUGGCCAACUUUCUACCCUGGCUGACCGCCCGCACCGCCUGGAAAGGGCGCGAGGCGGCCGUCGCCGCCCUGGUGAAGUACUACGAGCUCGGAGGACAUGAGGAGGGGUCGGAGCUGACAUACGUGCGGUGGAAAACGAUGCACGACGCCGGCGUGCCCACGGAGGAUAUCGCCCGGCAGGAGGUGUCGAUGGCCAUCGGACUGCUCUCCAAUUCGGUCCCGGCCACCUUUUGGGUGCUGUACGACCUCUACUCCCGACCCGACCUCCUCGCCGAGAUCCGCGCGGAAGUCCGCGAGCAUGCGAUGCGGGUGGACGCGGACCAGCGCCACAUUGUGGACAUCUCGGCCCUGCGCGACCAGUGCCCCCUCCUGCUGUCGACGUUCCAGGAGAUCUUGCGCACCCGGUCCGUGUCCGCCCCGACGCGCUUCGUACUGCAGGACGUCCUGCUGGCGGAUCAAUACCUCCUCAAGGCCGGCGGCGUGCUCAAUAUGCCGGCGGCGUCGGUGGGCCGAACCACCGAGACGUGGGGCUCGACCGCGGACGAGUUUGAUCCGCGGCGCUUUAUCAAGUCCGAGAACAAGAACCCUCGUCGGACGGGAGGAUUUAUGACGUUCGGGGUGUCGCCCGUCAUCUGUCCGGGGCGCCACUUUGCCUGCUCGGAGAUCCUGGCCCUGGCGGUCAUGAUGGUGCUGCGGGUGGACGUGACCCCGGUCGAUGGCGUGUGGCGAGUGCCGCCGAUGAACGCGCAGGCGAUCACGUCGAGCAUGCGACCCCCCAAGGAGGGGAUUGCGGUACGGGUCACUCCGUGCCAGGACUCGGAGGGGGUGGAAUGGGACUUUGAGGUCAAGGCAGGGACGGGGGCCUUCAACCUGAUGGUGGGAUGA